AUGCUGUCCAUGUAUCCGCCGCCAGGCAUUCAUUUCCGCAACCCUUUCGUCGACUCUUCGACCUCGACUUCUCAAUCCUUCGAUCACUCACAUCACAGGCUUCCACUCGACAUCCAAUCUCCUGCUGGCUCGGCUAAAUUCACGUAUCCUUCAACCAAGCCCCUCACGCCGCCUCCGGACAUGAACACUGUUGCUGCCCAUGUGCAGCCUCAGCACAGCAGCUACUAUGGAGAGAGAUCGUCUGCCGCUCCCAUCAAGUACGAGCACCGCAAAUAUGAUCAACCAACCUACGACCACAACUCAAGUCACAGUCUGCACCAAGUGCAACUACCGAAACCUGAUGCUCAUGCUGCAAGACCACCAAGUCCUGUCUAUCAACCACAUCCCGUACACUUCACCGACCCUCCAAACCAGAAGCGGGAUUCUCACAUGAGCGCGAUCGCUCCCUCGCUCCAGAUCCCACGAUCAGUAAACAACAGCCAAGGGAGCAUUGCUGAGUUGGCAGCACAGAUCNAGAUCACAUGUUUGUUCUGGUUCGAGAGCUCUAGCACGUUGGACCGGGCUGAUGACCCUGCCACGACGUACAACGUACAUUCUCUGGUACCCGAGGCAAUUCCCACAACAGGCUUCCGCAAGUGGGUGACGACCAUUCUUUCGACGACUCAAGUGACACAGAAUGUCAUCAUCCUCGCUCUCCUGUUCGUCUACCGCCUGAAGAAGCUCAAUCCAAGUGUCAAGGGAAAGCCUGGCAGCGAGUACCGUCUGCUCACCGUGGCACUGAUGCUCGGCAACAAGUUUUUGGACGACAACACAUACACAAACAAGACAUGGGCUGAGGUGUCUGGUAUUUCGGUGGCUGAAGUGCACAUCAUGGAAGUCGAGUUUUUGAGCAACAUGAAGUACGCUCUCUUCACAUCGGCUGAAGAGUGGGCUCAGUGGCAGACUAGACUGGGACGUUUUGCCAGCUUCUUCGAUCGCGCUUCGAGGCCCAUGCCUCAACUACCACAUACCCUUCCUUCGCCGCCAACCUCGAACCACGCCUCGCCUCCCUACUAUGGUGCCACUAAUCCCGUCACUCAAUCCUUCCCUCAGUAUUCAUCCUCUCUCGGACCGCUCCCCGAUCUGUCCUCGCAGGUCUCCCGAAAGAGAAGCCUCGACAGCUAUACCGAGCCUCCUGCCAAGCGAGUCACCCCGGCUUACCCUCCAUCUGCUCAGACCCAGUCACACUUUGUUCCAAGAGUCACCCUGCCAAGUCUCGCACUCCCACAGCCUCAAUCUCAGCCUCCGCAGCAUUUACCACUUCAGUUGCCUCAGCUGCCUCCCCUCAACUAUUCACAGCGCUCCAUGAACCAGGUAACUCAGCCUCCUGCUUCGUGGACUCCGGCAACCUCUAUUCCACCUGCUGUCUCGCACGCUUCCACACCUGCUGCCAUGGCUUCGGUACCCCAAUCUGUUGUUCAAUCCAGACACCAGAGCCCCUUCCCCACUUCCGCCGCCGCAUCUCCUACCGACGGCCAUUACCAACCUGCAGGCCAGGCUCAUCUCUCACAAUUGUCGCCAUCUUACUUCCUGGCGCAACGUAACAGCCCUUACCGACCAGUCCGUGGUGUAUCGACUCUGCUCGUUCCACCCCCUUCUCGGGCCAUGCAGCAGCCUCAGAACGUGCAGCACGAGCAAAUGCAUUAUCAGCCACUUGGACGUCCUCAGGAACGUCAACAAGGUCGUCUGCCUUACAUUGAAAGCCAGUGGUUCGAUAAUCCCUCAGCCGCCAAUCAGUGGUAUUCGCAAACCCAGCAGCAGCAUCUUCCUCCACCUCCUUUCUACAACAGAGUCUAG